GGCCAGAUAGACCCUGUACCAUCUUAGUAGCUCGUCGUUGGACUCUUUCUAGCAUAUCUGCUUCAUAUUUGAAAUUUUGAAUAUUUUGGUGGCUGUUUUGAAAUUUCAGGGAUGUCGUUAGAAUACGCUCGCGUUGGUAAUAUUGAAGAUAUCACGUCAAUCGGUUCAACCACCAGCUUUCUACAGGCCACAGCAGCUGAGGUUAGAUCAACACGAGUAAACUGGCAAUCUUACCUUCAAGGACAAAUAAUUAAUGAUGAGCAGUAUUCAUUCAUAACACGACUUGAUAAUGCUCCCACUGCGGAAGCACGAAAUCAUGUAAUAAGGGCUGAUGAAAACAUGACCGCUAGGGUUUUUAUAUUUAUCCUAAAUAAAAUCUCAAAAGAACAAACAUUACGAUAUAUCCUUACACUUAUUGAUGAUAUGCUUCAGGAAGACAAAUUACGUGUUGAAAUCUUUCGUGAUUACUUCUCCAAGUCAAAAGAAUCACUUUGGUCUCAUUUUUUCGGAUUUUUCCAAAGAGGGGAUCCUUUCUGUAUGUACCAAGCUUCCCGGAUAAUUGCAAAGUUUGCAUGUUGGUCUUCCCAACUUAUGGAGGAAAAUGACUUGAUUUAUUAUUUAAAUUGGCUACGUGAACAACUGACAAUAACCAAUAAUCAGUAUGAUCAAACUGUGGCUCGAAAUCUUCAAAUGAUGCUUCGUAUCAGAGAGUACCGUGCUCAAUUCGCUAAAGUCGGAGGAAUCGAGACCAUUGGAGAUGUUUUACAAGAAAAAUCAACUAGUCGUCAGUUACAAUAUCAGUUAAUUUUUUGCUUAUGGUGUAUGAGUUUUGAUUCAAUUCAUGUAACUGAUAUAUGUAAGAAUUCUGCAUUAUUGGCUACUGUAGCUGAUAUUUUCCUUGAAGCAGAUCGAGAAAAAAUCACUAGAAUUUCAUUGGCAUUCUUUCGUAGUAUUUUAGAAAAAUUACCUACAAACUCUGAACAAAGAGAUUGUGGCUUACGCUUAGUUCAAUAUAAAGUUUUAAAAGAAUUAGAAUUGCUUAAUCAAAAAGAUUUUAGUCAUGAUCCUGAACUAACUGAAGAUAUUGCAUUCUUAAAUAAAUUAUCGGCUAGCAUUCAAGAUAAUGGUCACCUGUUCAUAAAUCAGAAAAGUUUUGGUAUGAAAAUGCAGUAAAAUUUACAGAUAAUAAUUAUGAAAUGUUAAAAAUGUUAGUACGACUAGUCGAACUGGGUACUGAUCCAUUGACAUUAUCUGUGGCUGUACACGAUAUUGGAGAGUUUGUAAGACACUAUCCACGUGGUAAACAAAUAAUUGAAACACUUGGCGGUAAACAGUUAGUGAUGGCUUUACUACAGCAUGAUGAUCCAAAUGUUCGUUAUAAUGCACUAGUUUCAUUACAAAAGAUAAUGGUACAUAAUUGGUAAGCAUAUAGAGAAGUAGAUAGAUAUGUGUGUAUUUUCAUACAGUAUUUGUUAUGAACUGACAUUUAGCUGUUUAAUCCUAGUUAGAAGUAUAUCAGUAGUGUACAACUCCCCCACAGAUCGAACCUCAAACUUUCAAUUCUCAAGCGAACACGUUACCUCAUGACCGACAUCCUAAGACUGAUACAUAACCUAUUGAUCUUGUGAUGUAAUAUCAUGUUAUUAUCUGUUAAAAUGAAGAAAUCAAAGGCUUCCCAGUAGGACUUACGACGAUGGUGUGUGUAGGUGUUUGUUUUAUCAAUCUAUUACUAGUAUGAAAAAAACAUAAAUGAACAAUCAGUCAUCAUCAACAUGAUGCUUGACAUAAAUGUCGAUCAGUCCAGUUUACUAUACCACAUCACCAAAACGAAAUGGUGGAAAUACUUGAAAUAAUAGUAGUAUUAAUUAUAAUCAAAGAAGCUAAAUAUAGAAGAAUACGAUACGAAAUGAAUGGAUAGAUUCCAGGAAUAAAAAGUGUGACAAAGAAAGAGUGCAUCAUCGUGCACUAUUGGCACCAAUUCCGAAUCGUCUCACUCAGUGUCUUCAACUAUUAGUCAUGACAACCGUGCGAAUCCUAACUAAGUAUUGUGCACUAACAUGGCCAGUAACUUCGUACACUAAUGCCACAUGUUGACUUGACUGCUCCUACCUUUUUGAAAACUCGCUCCCACACCAGCCAAGAUUGCAAGUAUAGGUAACAGGAGGUGGUUAGGCAUAUAUAACUAACCACCUCAGUCAAUGAAGAUUUACCAUAUAUAUCUAGUAAGCUUACUUUCGUCUCGGCAUUGCUUAUUCAGUUGCUCCAUUAAAAAUGACGAAAACACCCAUGACAAAUUACUUGCAGACUACGUAUUUCUCUUACUUCUAUGUGCCUUGUUUUAAGCCAUAAAUUAGAAUGACUGACCAGACAGAACAUCAAUCUAUGGAGUCAUUGACUAUUGGUCUAAACGUUGUUAGUAGAUUCGGACUACCUGUUUGGGAAACUGCGUUAAUCACGAUCAGUUUUUUGGAGAUUGGGUGAUAUCACUCAGAACCGUUCACUGCAGUUCAGAUGCAUUCAUUCCUUGCCUUUCUUUUGAUCUUGAGAUCCAGUAUUCCUUCAUGCAUACAUUUUCAUUUUGUCUUUUUGAACCAUAUUCUCAAUAUCGAUUCUUUCUCAUUAUCAUUGCUAUUACAUAGUUCCAAUCUCUUUUGCCAUUUACUUUGUUAAUUUUAUCACGUCAUGUUAAGAUAAUCUGCAACUUGGACUGACAUCUGUUCCAGUCUAUAACUUGAUGAUGACUGACUUUUAGUCAUUGGCUUUCUCAAUAUUAAUUUCAUAAAAUAAUCCGUUAUAAGACAUUAAAAAUGAUGUGAAGGCAAUAAAAUAACUGUUUUAUUCUAAUAUAGUACUCUUCAGUAUUAUGGUAUUUACCCCACUACCAUACGGAUGAAACCGGAUAUAGAAUUACUGAGUCUCCUUUUUUUGGUGAACACAUAAUCUUAAUAGUUAAAUUCAUGAGUCAAUCUAUGCUAGACAGCCAUCGAAAACCUGGAAGCACUGAACGACUGUUUUAUCCCAGUGUAGGACUCCUCCAUGAUCCUGCGCACAGUACUCGGACCCAUGACCUUCGGUCUCGCACACGAAUGCUUAACCCUUAGAUCACUGAGUCGGCAUCAAACGAUGUUAAUGUCUAAAUUCAAUCAAUCGAUUAUUGCUUAUAUUUUUACUUCCUCUACCACUAUGGGAUUUAAAACGACAAUUGUGUCUUUGUGCUAAUGUGGUAUAGCAACUUGAACUGAUGUACGUACGCACGAAGUUCUACGUUGUUGCUGACUGACUGAUAUAUAUCAUCAUAUUUCCUAAAAUUGUUUUAUUUAUUACAGGGAAUAUUUGGGUAAACAAUUGGAUUCAGUUCAAAGUACUGAUGUGAAAUCAACUGGAGUAAAAGUUAAGUAGUAGUGGAUAGCAGUAGUAUUAUUAGUAGUAAUGAGAAAAACUAAAAAACACCUUUUAAUUACCUUCAAAUGAUCUAAUGAAACUUAAUCAAAUGUAAUUAAUCAAUAGGUGAGUGAUUUGUCAUGAACAGUUAACAAAUAAACAUACAUAUAUAUUUAUCCAUUUAUUUUUCAAUCAAUCAUUAUUUACUGUUGUUACCAGGCUUCAUUAUUCUGGGUUUAGUAUUACUGUUUAUCAUCUGGUGUAAUCGAUCCUCCAUAGUGAUUCUUUCAUUCUCUUUUAUUUCAAUAUAUCAAUGGGAUUAAAUAUAAACAAAACAAACAUGCAUAAUAAUCAAACUUUCAUUUUCUUGACUUUCUUUCUAGUAUUGACUUGUUUUUUCUUUGUUGUUCUUCUUGUGAUAAAUUUAUUCCUGAUAUUUAUUGAUGUUUUAACUUGUGAACCUGUGUGCCCUGUAUAUUGGAUAACGCAACGAUACCGCCAAUUGGAGAGUAGUGAAUUAUCGAUCGAACCAGUGAUACAUAAAACACGUGGGAGCAGUCUAGAAUCCUUAUCGGUCCUGCUUCCCGCCUAGCACAGCCAAUUAAGUCCAGAACAUCAAUCUCAGCCUCUGCAAUAUGAAUCCUUAUAUUUCAAACAUACUGAGUUUAUAUGCCAAUCAAACAGAUCACAACGUACCAUAAAAUAGAAAAUAACAUUUGUACAAUAGUUGGCCAAAAGUGUCUGUGGAUGAGGGAGAUAGUAAUUGAUAGACAAGGCAUAACUUAAGAAUAGUCAGUCUUAUGAUAAUAGUUCAUAAGUCAAAAUAAAGCUCACAAUAAGAGGGACAUGAAUAUGUAUAGUUUAGUUACUUAACAAUUAUACGAUAAAAAUGUACUCAUAGUAUUGGUCCAUAAAUGGAUCCCAAAAGUUACCAUUCAUUAUUCUUAUCGAGAUAUAACACCUCCCCUUUUAAAGAUCCGGGUUUAUCCUCCCUCACGAAACAGUGUUGGAUCCUCAUAUUCCCAAGUUACAAUUAAUUUGACUUUAUUUAAAACGUAUUUGUCAAAUUGAACAGAGAAUUUACUAAAGGUAAUUAAAUGAUUAGGAUCAAUGUCGCUUGAUAUGAGGUCAUCAAAGUUUGAUUCUUCUGAAACUUUGUCAUCGAAUUUCUUGAAAAUCUCAUUAGUAGAUAGUCGAUCGCUAGAGUAAUCAGCAUCUAUCAAAAUUUUGUUAGGUUCUUGAUCGUUGUUUGGUGCAUUCGACAAAUUUUUCUCAUUUUUGUAAGAAAUUUGAUCAAAAGCAGAUGAGUCAUCAAGAUAACUUAUAUUUGAUAAAACAACUAGAGAACUCCAAUAAGUAGAUUCAUCAGGAACUUUUGUUCUGGAAUGAUAAGCUCCAUUCGAUGCGACUGUUUUUAUUUUGAUGCUUGAUUCAUUUUCUGUCUCUUCGUGGGCGGCUUUUGCAGUAAUUUCAUGAGCAUUUAAUAAGACGUCUUUCUGUGAGCUGGACAAUCCCGUGUUUGUGCAUGGUGUUUCGGGAGCAAUGGGAUUGGAACCCACGACAGGACAUGUCUCUGGAAUGGACGUUUCUGGACCAUUGGUCCGAUCACGAAUGACUGCUAUUGCUUCGCUUACAUUACUGCUCGUCAAGGAUUCAUAGAGGCUUUUAUCGACACGUUCAUACGUUCUGCAGUCAUUUUCCAGCUCGGUAUGCAAAUUUGAAAUUAAUUUACUAAUUUCUGUUACAUCUCCAAAACAUGGAUGAUUUAGCAGCCGUGUACGUAAAUUGUCUAAAACAUUCAACUGUCUAUUUUUGAAACACUCCUGUUGUCGCUCAAAUAGGAACUGUAAUUGAUCGGAAGAGAUAGUCAUUUUCUGAAUCAGUACGGUAAUGAGGAAUACUGAAUGAUAAAUUAACAACCAAUGUUUUCCAAGGACAUCGAUGGCCAAUCUGGAUGCUGAUUGCUCGAAAUAAUUAGAUUGAAUUUCGUCCAAUUACAGGCUGAAGUUGAAGAUGAGGGUUCAGAAUUUCGUUCAACCCCGUCGCCAAUUGUUAUAACCUUUCUGGUAAUCACUACCUCCCUCAUUCACAGACACUUUUGGCCAACUAUUGUACAAAUGUUAUUUUCUAUUUUAUGGUACGUUGUGAUCUGUUUGAUUGGCAUAUAAACUCAGUAUGUUUGAAAUAUAAGGAUUCAUAUUGCAGAGGCUGAGAUUGAUGUUCUGGACUUAAUUGGCUGUGCUAGGCGGGAAGCAGGACCGAUAAGGAUUCUAGACUGCUCUCACGUGUUUUAUGUAUCACUGGUUCGAUCGGUAAUUGGUCGGCAUCCAAUGGUGUUAAUGUCUAACUUCAACUAAUCCACGAAAUUGAGCCACCAUUCACCAUUGUCUUCUAUUUCACCAGGAAUAGAUAUUUUUGUAUUUGACUUCGAACUACACUCUAAAUCUAAAGACAAUUUAUAUUACUCGGUUACCCAAACUGAUAUAAAUAAAUUGGCAUUCGAACUUGUGGCUUAAUGGAUAAAAGUUGAAUGCUUUAAGCGCUAAGUCACUGAUUGGAUAGAUGCAUAUGUAUAUCAGGGUUACAUGGUUCAUUAUUAAUGUUCCAAUAACAUUUCAGUUUAUCAUCGAAUCGACUCAGUGAAUUGUGAUGUAACUCCAGUAAUAAUAUGUAUAUGAAAAAUCCUCAUAUUUGUGAACUAGAGCAACACGAAUUAUAAGUGAACAAUGGUAUUUUCAAUUAGGUCAUCUCCAGUCUCUACUCUGCCUUAUAGAAGUGUUUAUAUACACAUAUGAACAAUAUUAAACAUUGAAAUAACGUGCAUUAAAAAUUACGUAAUGCUUGAGAAAGGGUUGAAGAAAAAUCAUAGAUUGAUCGAAGUUAGAUAUUAAUACCGUUGGAUAACAGUCCAGUGGUCUCAAUAUUAGGUGUUCACGUGUGAGACCAAAGGUCAUGGGUCCGAGUUCUGUGUGCUGAAUUGUGGAUGCGCGCUGCAGAGGCGUCCUGUACUAGGACCAGAUUUCCAAUGGUGAUCUAACAUUAAUCGAUCUAUGAUCUCAAUGAAAACAAAAACAGACGGACAAAGGGAAUGAAAAGUUAUAAUAAUUAGUAUGAUCAUUUGUUAAGCCUAAUUCGGUCAAGGAAGAGAUAAAGGUAUCAUAGAUUUCUUAUUAAUACAAAGAUUUGAGUUCCUAGCUCAAAUCCCGUUAUUUGGAAGAUGCAGAGUCGAACUCUCUAUUAAGAAAAGGAGUAUGUUUACAAUUUAUGUAUUUGAAUAAAUAAAUAUUGGUUCAAAGAGGUACCGAAUACAUAUGUGCCACACAAUUCGCUUGAUUUGUGCGUGGGUUGUGAUACUGCCCAAAUCGAAGCAGAUGGUUUUCUUAGGGGGUCACACCCGGAGCCUUCGACCUAAAGGUUUGAUCCAUAAGACAGUGGAGCAUCGUAAGGAGAUGCAGUCCUAUGGUAGUCGGUAACCAGUAAUAGGUUAAUACACCAUUUGUUCCCUUAAGAUUAUUGGUUUGGAAUCAGGGUUUUCCAACUCUCCUAGGUGAAUCCUCUAUAUCCACCAGCCCGGUUAAAACACCAAACAUUCUUUUUUCGUCCUCUCAAUUUCGUAAACAUCACCCGUGGUGCGAGAAGGCUGACUGAUUGUACGCACGUGACUAUAUGAGAGCACUUGGAGGGGCAGAGCUGACUCUCAACCGUACCUGGCAUUUGGGGGCCCUUAAUGUAGUUAUGAUCGAAUUUAAUUUAAAUAUACUUUAGACUAAGUAGCAAUAAGGUUCUUUUCAUUAAAAUGAUAAUAAAUCUCAUUGUUAAAAUGUCUUUUUGUUUGUGUAAAUUUAUUGACCUACGGACUAAACUCAUUCUAUAUUCAGUUUGAAUGAAUCAAUUCAUUUAGAUUGUUGAUUACAUAAUCUUACUAUUAUGUUCUUAUGAUUGAAAUCAAGGACAUUUUCUAAAUGUAUUCACUCUAUUUAAAUGAAAUGAAUUAUUCAAAUGUAAUUUGUUAUAGAGAUUCCAAUAGUUUCGAUUGUGUAUGUAUUCUGUGUACAUUGUAACAUAGUAGGAAUCUUUAUUUUGGGUAUACAAUUGUGUUUACUUUGAAUGUGACUAACUUACAGAUAACAAUACGAUUGAUUUUUGAUCCGAAUCAUUCAUGAACUAUGUACGAUGAUAAAAUCAAAUGAGUUUGAUUCUAGGGACUAUAAAUGCAUCGUUUUUUUUGCUUUUGUUCUCAAUAAAAAAUUAGAGAAAAGUUAAGUAUUGUAUGUAAUGAUCUGACAAGGUAGAGUUAGAUGUAGCUGUCGUUGUCGACAGAGAGGAGAGGUGGAACGUCCGGAAUAUUGGGCGGGAAUCAGAAUGAGAUUGUCGACAGAGUAAUGAGGGUCAGUGAGCCUGCAGGAUUGACAACUCGACGAAGAGUGGGGUACAGACUGUGACGGAGAAAGAGGUACAGCGGCUAGAACGACUUAUUAAAAGAGGGACGAGUAUGAUAUGUACAGACAAAUAUGAGUAGUAUGUAUCAGGAGUCUAAAGUAGAAUUCUUAAGGACAGAAGGAGAAAAUAAACUGAGAAGAAAGAGAAACAAAGAGUAAUCGAAAUAACAACUGGAAUGGAAGACCGAUAAAGUUGUAAGAGACGAUUCAAGGAAGAUGUGCAAACAGUAUAUUUGAUAUAUUGUUUUCAUAUUUUACAAAUUCACUGUUUGAUUUUGCAUACCACAAUAAAUUGGCUUACUCUAACCAAGUCUGUAUAUAGUUCAAUACAAAUUAUUUGAACAGCCAGUAUUUAUCAAAAAUACCUUUAAUACAGACUUUUUAACACAAUGUUCAUUCACCAAGUACAUACAUAUGAGCCACUCUUGCUCGGUUACUAAAACCGAAACAGGCAGGGAUGGGCUUCCGAAUCUAGCCGAAAGUUGGGCAUCCUAACCAUUAAGCCACUGCUGAUGUAAAUAAGAACGCAGCAACUAUGUAUAAAUAUAUUAUCUUGAAGGUAGGUCACAAAAUAUUACAAUUCAUAGAGCUAUAGUGAACGAGAACACAAGUGAAAACAACCGAAUGUAUUUCAAUAAAAAAUUACAGAAUCAUUUAGUAAAAAUCUGAGAACCAUACAGUGAUAAUUCAUUUGUAAAAUGUCAAUCAACCGUCUCAAUUCAUUUUCACCUCGUUUCCACGCCAAUCAUUCACUCUUCUCGUUUUCUUUUCUUUAUUCUGUAGUGACCUACUUUUACCAAGAAAACGCGAUUGAUUUAAUGGAAAUAAUCAUUAUUAUAACCAAUUGUACCAGUGAUUGCUUUACUAUGCUCGUCUGUUUAAAUGUACUAAAGACAGUCACAUUACUACUCCAUUACUUUUCCGUGGAUUGUGACCUCGUACGUUCGUACUCUUGCCCUCUGAUUCCACUUGUACUCCUUUUGGCACGGUCUCGGUAUUCGUUCGAUACCACGAGAUCGCCAACCAAAUAAAUCUGGUUACGCUCCAUCUUCGCCUUCUGAUUUACUUGGCACGUGUUUCUUGGUAGCGGUGUUCAUAGUCAAUUUCGACCCGACACCACGCUACAAUUGGUGACGGAAGUUCUGGAACACGCCUCAACCUCUGGUCAAAUCUUCCAAACAAGCCGAUUCGGUGAGUCUAUAGUUUAUCUAUCCACGUCUGUCGUAUAUUUUCAUAUUAUCGUUUAUUAUUUAAUAUACACGACAUGACGGAUAGCGACAAGAAUAGUACUAAUAUCAUAGACUCAGACGUACAGGCCAUCCACUUUCGACCUGUAUCAUUCAUUCCCCACGACCCAGAGGUUUGGUUUGCUGCAUUAGAGUCUCAGUUCGAGACUCGUCGCAUUACGAGCCAAAGGCAAAAGUACGCCUUCGCUCUCGAAUCACUACCCGGGGACCAUAUAGUAACUGUACGUGAGGUUGUCCUCAAUUCCAAUGUACCUAAUGCUUACGAUCGCCUCAGAGGCAAUUCUCAG